GGCGGCCGGGCCGGACCCCCGCCAGGUAGCGCGGCUGGCUUUGCGGCCUAGGGCGAGCAGGAGCCUCCCCGACCGAGCCUCCCGCCGGGCCAGCGCCGCUCCCGGGCCUCGGACCCCGAAAGCCCAAGGGCAUCGGGACCCUUUCCUCGGCGGCGGGUGGUAACUGUGUUAUAAAGAUAUGGAAGUAAAACCUUUAUUUAAGAUUGCUUCAGCAAGAAUGUCUUUCCCUCCUCACUUGAAUCGACCUCCGAUGGGAAUCCCUGCUCUCCCGCCAGGGAUUCCACCUCCACAGUUUCCCGGCUUCCCUCCCCCCGUGCCUCCAGGGACCCCGAUGAUUCCCGUACCCAUGGGCAUUAUGGCUACCGCUCCAGCAGUCCUAGUACCCACUGCCGUCUCGAUGGUGGGGAAGCACCUCGGAGCCAGGAAAGACCACCCAGGUUUAAAGAGCAAAGAAAACGACGAAAACAGUGGACCCACCACUACGGUUUUUGUUGGCAACAUUUCCGAGAAGGCUUCCGAUAUGCUCAUCCGGCAGCUCUUAGCCAAAUGUGGCUUGGUUUUGAGCUGGAAGAGAGUGCAAGGUGCAUCGGGAAAACUUCAAGCCUUUGGGUUUUGCGAAUACAAGGAGCCCGAGUCCACCCUCCGGGCCCUCCGCCUGCUCCACGACCUGCAGAUCGGCGAGAAGAAGUUGCUGGUCAAAGUUGACGCCAAGACGAAGGCCCAGCUGGACGAGUGGAAGGCCAAGAAGAAAGCCUCCAACGGGGUCGCCACCACCACCGCCGCCACCACCACGACCACCGACGACGACGAAGCCCUCGACGAAGAGACCAAGAGAAGAGAUCAGAUCAUCAAAGGGGCCAUUGAAGUAUUAAUACGGGAGUACUCCAGCGAGCUUAAUGCCCCCUCCCAGGAAUCUGACUCUCACCCCAGGAAGAAGAAGAAGGAAAAGAAGGAGGACAUUUUCCGCAGAUUUCCAGUGGCCCCACUGAUCCCUUAUCCACUCAUCACCAAGGAGGACAUAAAUGCCAUAGAGAUGGAAGAAGACAAAAGGGACCUGAUAUCACGAGAGAUCAGUAAAUUCAGAGACACACACAAGAAACUGGAGGAGGAGAAAGGCAAAAAGGAGAAAGAAAGACAGGAAAUUGAAAAAGAACGGAGAGAAAGAGAGAGGGAACGUGAAAGGGAACGAGAGAGGCGAGAACGGGAACGAGAAAGGGAAAGAGAACGCGAACGAGAGAAGGAGAAGGAACGGGAGCGGGAACGAGAGCGGGAUAGGGAUCGUGACCGGACGAAGGAGAGAGACCGCGACCGAGAGAGAGACCGCGACCGCGACCGUGACCGAGAGAGGAGCUCGGAUCGCAACAAGGAUCGGAGUCGAUCGAGGGAGAAAAGCAGAGACCGCGAACGAGAGCGGGAGCGCGAACGAGAGCGGGAGCGCGAAAGAGAGCGGGAGCGCGAACGAGAGCGGGAGAGAGAACGAGAACGGGAGCGGGAACGUGAGAGGGAGAAGGACAAGAAAAGGGACCGAGAGGAGGACGAAGAAGACGCUUACGAGCGCCGAAAGCUUGAGAGAAAACUGCGCGAGAAGGAGGCCGCUUAUCAAGAACGACUCAAAAACUGGGAAAUCAGAGAACGGAAGAAAACCAGAGAAUAUGAGAAAGAAGCCGAAAGGGAAGAAGAAAGACGAAGGGAAAUGGCUAAAGAAGCCAAACGACUAAAAAGUUUGGAAGAUUACGACGAUGACCGAGAUGAUCCUAAAUAUUAUAGGGGAAGCGCACUGCAGAAAAGACUGCGUGACAGAGAAAAGGAGAUGGAGGCCGACGAACGGGAUCGAAAGCGAGAGAAAGAAGAGCUAGAGGAAAUCCGGCAGCGUCUCCUCAGAGGGCACCCCGAUCCAGAUGCGGAGCUCCAAAGGAUGGAGCAAGAAGCCGAAAGGCGCAGACAGCCGCAGAUAAAGCAGGAACCGGAAUCGGAGGAGGAGGAGGAAGAGAAGCAGGAGAAAGAGGAAAAGAGAGAAGAGCCCGUGGAAGAGGAGGAAGAACCGGAGCAGAAACCCUGCCUGAAACCAACCCUGCGACCCAUCAGCUCGGCCCCGUCGGUCUCCUCCGCCAGCGGCAACGCGACCCCCAACACCCCCGGGGAGGACUCCCCCUGCGGCAUCAUCAUCCCCCACGAGAACUCCCCCGACCAGCAGCAGCCCGAGGAGCACCGGCCCAAAAUCGGACUGAGUCUGAAGCUCGGCGCCUCCAAUAGUCCCAGCCAGCCAAACGCGGUAAAGAGAAAGAAGCUCCCCGUGGACAGCGUGUUCAACAAAUUCGAGGACGAAGACAGCGACGACGUCCCCCGGAAAAGGAAGCUGGUCCCCCUGGAUUACGGCGAAGACGACAAGAGCUCGGCCAAAGGCACCGUCAACACGGAAGAGAAGCGCAAGCACAUCAAGAGCCUGAUCGAGAAGAUUCCCACGGCGAAACCGGAGCUCUUCGCCUACCCCCUCGACUGGUCCAUCGUGGAUUCCACGUUAAUGGAACGUCGAAUUAGACCGUGGAUCAAUAAGAAGAUCAUAGAAUAUAUUGGUGAAGAAGAAGCCACAUUAGUUGAUUUCGUCUGUUCGAAGGUGAUGGCUCACAGCUCCCCUCAGAGCAUAUUAGAUGACGUCGCCAUGGUACUAGAUGAAGAAGCUGAAGUUUUUAUAGUCAAAAUGUGGAGAUUGUUAAUAUACGAAACAGAAGCCAAGAAGAUCGGUCUCGUGAAGUAAAGCCGUUUUUACAUUUAGGGAUCCAUUUCAAAUUCCCCCCUCCCUCCCCCCUCUCCCGCCAUUCAAGGACUUGGAAUUUUCUCUGUCCUCAAAGACACUUGUGAGAUCCGUAAUUUUUUUUUUUAUGUAGAAAAUGUGAAAAAAAAAAAGGUGUCCUCUGCUCUGAUGCCCAGAAGUGUCCUCUGCUCUGAUGCCCCUUCUCCCUUGGUUGUAGAGUUAUCUGAAUCCUACAUUGGUUCUCUUUAUAAUAAUUCACCAGAUCCGACUGCUGGUAUGUUUUAUAAGAUGCAGCUACUGUACACAGCCUAUCUGGUAAUCUUGUUCUGCUAAUAAUCUGUUCCUUGUAAAUAUUAAAAUGACUCCCCGUUUCUUUUGCUAAACAUUUGCACUUAAUGUUGAAUUGUACCGGUCAGAAACCAAGGUUUAGGAUUUCUACUGAAAGUAUAUUGGUCGUCUUGGAGCCCUCUCCCGCCCCCCCACCCCACUUUUUUAUUUAACAACCACCAAAAAAAAAAAAAGACGACAAAACCUGAUCAGAAAUCACAAGUUCACUUUAAGGCAUAAAAUAGGAAGCUUCAAAUCAACAUGUAAAAGGCAGGGUUUAAACGGACAAUCCGCUCCUCGAUAUUCUCCGUGUGUGCGUGUGUGAAUUUCUCAUUCCCCCCAUCCCUCCAUUUGUCAUAAGGAAGGGGGCCGCCUGGAACAUUUUACUCCGAGGGGAAAGUAGUGAGAAGGUGCCAACCUAAAACCCUGAAAGCAUUAUUUAUCACCCCGGCGUUCUGUCGAGCCAGAACGCUGCUCCCUUCUCCCUUCUAGGGGAAGAGCGCGCGGCCCGGAGCUCUUUCCAUUUCCCCCUUCCAAAGUUGGGCCGGUGGGUCCGUCCGGACACCGUCGCUUAACGCGGACCCGAGGUUUCGUCACUUCUUACUUCCGCUCUCUAGAAACCUAAUCGAUGUUUAAAGAUUCCCUCUGAAGAAACGUUCUUUUUAAAGAGCCACCGAACCCUCCACCCCUUUUAGGACUGCGGGGGGUGGGCGGGGUGGGUGGGAAUCGUGAAGUGAGUCGAGCAGAGCCGUUUCACGGGACCGCCUGUCCGGGGAUGUCGGCUCGCGACGUACACCCCCCGAGUAGCCCCCGGAGGAUCUCAGAAAUAAACCGUUAAGGCGAUGGAAGACUCUGCCUCUACGUAUCCAGGUAAAAAGACAGACCGAUGUGCGUUUAGAAAUUGCCACUGGCCGACGUUGUAGGACGGAAGUUCGCCGGGGAGCGAAACCUUAAAAAAAUCAAAAUCGAAGGCGUAACGGCUCCUGAGAGCAAACAAGUUAGGCUCUUCCCGUACCUUUAUAACUAUGGAACGAAAGGGUACGGGAUUUGAAAAUAGCAGAAGCGUGACCUGGAGUUCCUAAAUUUCUUGCAUCUCGAGAGGACAUCCGAAAACACUGUUCUUAACAGACGGGAACGUGAGAAGGUUCCACAAUGUAAAUAUUUCAAAUAUUAAAAAAAAAAUGUAUAUAUUUGAUCUGGGGACUCAGAUUCUUUCAGAGUCUUGGUAAAUAAAUGACAUCAUGUUGCAA